UGUCUGAAGCACAUCAUGCUCCUCAAUUUUUGAUAUAAAAAAUUACAAAAAGUGCGACUGUAGUGAUUACGGUACGAAUAAAGUGUAGUUUGAGUGUAGUGCUAAUUGUGUUAUUGUUAUUUAACUGCAAAAACAGUGUAUACGCCACCAAACUUGCCAUCAAAACUAUUCUAUUUGCACAGUGAAAAAAACGUCUACCCUCAUUUAUAACAAUUUUGUACCGUACACAGAUCACUGUCACUGACAUUGUCAUUGCUGCAAACGUCAAGUGACAGUUGUUGUCACUGUCAUAACUGUCGUAAUCGAUCACUGUCAUUGUCAUUCCUACAAACGUCAAGUGCCACGAAUUAGUGUUGCCAAUAUUUGAAAUUAAAUUUCCCUAAUAUUUUAGGGAAAUUUCUUUAUUAAGAACCAGAUAAACUAUAUAAGGGCGGCACUGCCAACAUCACCAACAUCGGAACUUCCUAGCCAGGCCCUAGUUCGAAGCGCAUUCCGCUAUCUCGCAACGCUUGGACAAUUCGGUCUAUAACAUACAAAGGACGGAUAUGGAGGAAUUAAAAAAUAUGUUAAUUAGCAUGCAGCAAGAUAUAAAGCAGCAAAAACAGGAUAUGCUAGAGAUGAAAAAAGACAUAAAGGAUACAAUAAUAAACAGUCUCAGCGAGAAGUUCAAGAACCUAGAACUGAAAAACGAGUUUUUGGAGAAAAAAACAGAAGAGCAAUCAAAUAAAAUUAACAACCUAGAAAGACAGUGUCGACGCAAAAAUCUGAUCUUAUUUGGCGUAGAAGAGAUAGAAAAAUCGUAUGAGGAAUUGGAAAAACUCGUCAUAAAUAUCAUAAAUACAUACAUAAAAAUUUCAUGCGAUACUUACAACAUAGAGGCUGUUAGAAGGCUGGGUAAAAAGGGGGUAAAAGUUCGACCGAUAUCAAUAACAUUUAACACCUUAGGCUUCAAAAUAAAAAUUCAAAAAAAUAAACAUAACCUUAAAAAUACGUCCUAUUACUUAAAAGAAGACUACCCAAUUGAAGUGUUAGUUAAGCGUAAAGAGCUACAAGUACAAUUACAAAAAGAAAAAGAUGCGGGAAACACAGCUUUUAUAAAAUAUGAUAAAAUUAUUAUACUGAACAACAAACAACCCCAACAGAAACAAUCAAGCAAAAGAUAUCAUUCAGAAUCUCCGGAGACGCUUUACCCUGACAACCUAAAUGCUCAACACACUAGCAAAAAUACAGCUAAGAAAAAUAAAGGGAUUAUGACGAAUUAUAUAAUACAAAAGCCCAAACUAAUUCUCGCUCAAACAGAGCCAAUUCAACGCCAAUCGAUGACACCAGAUCAAAACACAACAUAGCAAUUAGAAUCGGACUCUCUUCCAAC